AUGCGUGGUCUUGGUUUUGAUAUUUCCCAGUGUUUUUUUGUGGAUGCGAUUGAUGCGUCCGGUGGUCUAGUUGUAGCCUGGUCUCCCGGAGUUGAUGCUUCGGUGUUUUAUCAUUCCAACUUCUGUAUUUGCACCCAGAUUAAUGAAGUUGAUUUUUCUUAUAUUAUGAUUUGUGUUUAUAUUAGUUGCCAUUCUGUUGUUCGCACUGCCCAAUUGGCUCACCUUCGGGAACUUUGUUCCGCCCUUACGCUGCCUUAUGUGAUCAUCGACGAUUUUAACACUACCCUUCAUAUGGGUGAAAAAGAUGGUGGUAACCCUUGGAAUGCGGCCCAGUCAAUUAGUCUGAGGGAGUUUAUCCAAGACCUAGGGCUCCAUGAUCCUGGUUUCCUUGGUGAUCCGUUCACUUGGACUAAUAGGAGGAUGGGAGUGGCUUGCAUUCGUGAAAGGCUGGAUAGGGCUCUUUGUUCCCAGACAUGGGUUGAUCAGUUCCCAGAAACCUUGGUGAAGCAUUUCACGGACCAGGGUUCUGAUCACCGGGCUCUCCUUCUGUCUGAUAGGCCUUAG